AUGCGACUUUUUCUGGUGCGACACGGGGAGACGGUCGACAAUGUUGCUGGUCUUUACGCAGGAGUUCGCGAUUCACCGCUUACUGCCCAUGGCGUUUUGCAGGCACGACGUCUGGGGGAGCACAUUGCGAAGCAUCAUCGAGUCACCCAUGUCUUCUCGUCGGAUCUGCAGAGGGCCGUCUUCACGGCCGUGAAGGUCGCUGAUGCUCAGCUCUCUCAGAGACAAAGAUGCGACACCGACAACGGCGAUGUGCCCGAGACCAUCGAGAAGCUGGAGCCUGUUCCACUCGUCGACUUGCGCGAGCGCGACUUUCGGUCCGCAGAGGGCAAGAAGUUCGGUACGGCUCAUGACGACGCUGAAACGCACGAGGAGAUGAGGCUGAGAGCUGCUCGCUUUGUCCAAGGCCAUCUGGUCCCGUUGUUGGCAAGCCGAGGGUCUGAAACAGUCGUGGUCAUUGUUGCCCAUGGCUUGAUCCUCAACUCGCUCUUCCGGGUUCUGCAGGCAAGGUUUGGUACCGGGCCUCGCGGGUCGGAAACGUCGGCAGCGUGGAGCAAUACUGGCUAUCUUGAGGCUGUGGUCAAGGCUGUCGCUGCUGACACAGAGGGCUCGAAUGCUGAGGAUUCCGGUGAAAGGAAGACAAAGCAGCCACAGCUUACCAUGACUGUGGUGGGGGUGAACGUGCUACGCCAUCUUGAGGGCUUAAAAAAGACCAAGGGUGGAAUUGGCAGUGCACAGUUCGACAAGAGGCAGAGGACCAUGGAUUCAUUCUUUGGCCCUGCCUCCAAAAAACAGAGGGUGGAUCGAGACACAACACACCCCAUUUUUAUGAUGAGAGAAACAAGUUCACAGACCUGUACCGAAAGUAUACAUGUGGAAAAACUUUGUCCAACCGCUAUCUGA